AUGCAAAGUUGGAACUCCAGCAAUGUGCCUGACUUCGUCCUCCUGGGGCUGACUGAUUCUGCAGAGACACAGCUGGUCCUCUUCCUGCUCUUCCUCCUCAUCUACCUGGUCACGGUGCUGGGGAAUGCAGGGAUGAUCCUGCUCAUCCGCCUGGACCCCCAGCUGCACACGCCCAUGUACUUUUUCCUCACCCACCUGUCCUUCCUCGACCUCAGCUACUCCAGUGUCAUCACCCCUAGAACCUUACAGGACUUAGUGUCCUCCAGCAAGAGCAUCUCAUUCCUGGGCUGCUUCACUCAGAUGUUCUUUUUUGUUCUCUGCGGUGCUGCUGAAUGCUUUCUCCUCUCCUCCAUGGCCUAUGAUCGCUAUGCAGCUAUCUGCAGCCCUCUGCACUAUCCAGUCAUUAUGUCUGCGAGACUGUGCUGGGCCCUGCUUUCUGGCUCCUAUAUUCUCGCCUUAGUUGAUUCCACAGUCAAUGCGCUCUGCAUGAGCAAACUGCACUUCUGCAACUCUAAUGUCAUCCAUCACUUUUUCUGUGACACCACUCCAGUGCUGGCUGUGGCUUGCAACGACAUUCAUGAUCUUGAAGUCACUAUAUUCAGUUUUGCUGGUUCCACCCUUGUUCUGUCCCUCAUCACUAUAUCCGGAUCCUAUGUGUCCAUCCUCUCCACUAUCCUCAAAAUUAAUUCCACUGCAGGAAAACAAAAAGCCUUCUCCACCUGUGCCUCCCACCUCCUGGGCGUCACCAUCUUCUAUGGCACCAUGAUCUUUACCCAUUUGAAACCAAAGCAGUCCUACUCCCUGGGCAAGGAUCAGGUGGCCUCUGUGUUUUACACCAUUGUGAUCCCCAUGCUGAACCCCCUCAUCUACAGCUUCAGGAACAGAGAGGUGAAGAACGCUGCACUUGGAGUCCUGUUGAAAAGACAGGGAUGCAGCCAAUUAAGAUAA